AUGGUGAUGGAGAAGCCAAGUCCCCUGCUGGUUGGGCGGGAGUUCGUAAGACAGUAUUAUAUUCUGCUGAACCAAGCACCAGACUUCUUGCACAGGUAAAGUCUCCUAUUUGAAUUAAUUAAAAUAAUAUUUCAGAAUCGGGGGCCCUGUAGUACAGAAAUACUGGCUCCUCUUCACAAGUUUAAUUUGCCAAAAGCAAAACAAAAAUUAUGGGCACAAUGAAGACUUUGCAGAUAAACGUCUACAUCUCUUCCGUUCUCUGUCCUCCCCACAGUUUAAAUUUGAGCCGAGUUGUAUAUGCUCCAGGACCAGAUUCCCUCUUCUAUCAUCACUGUGAAGUAAUAAGUUGAUAUUCAGUAUUAGUAAUAUCAGAAAAGACUCAUUGAAAUCAGUGGUCUUGAGCCUAUUGAUCUCAUUGAGUCUUCUCUGAAUAUGAUUUAGUUGGAUAUUGCCUAUAAUCUUGAGUUUUAACAUUCUUCUUGUCACUCACUAUUCUUGCAUUGCCCUAAAAUAGUAAUAAUAAAACUCCAUACAAAAGUUGUUUCCAGGUUGGUUUCUUCCAUGGAAGUUGUAGCUCCUGGAGGAUCAGCAAAACCUCAGUCUCAUCUUACCCCUAUAAUCCAGUCUCCGGGCAAAUAAAAUGCAAAUAUAAGGAGACAAGACAGGCAUAGGCAAACUCGGCCCUCCAGAUGUUUUGGGACUACAACUCCCAUCACCCCUAGCUAACAGGACCAGUGGUCAGGGAUGAUGGGAGUUGUAGUCCCAAAACAUCUGGAGGGCCGAGUUUGCCUAUGCCUGAGAUGAGAGUUCCUUGCGAUGACCACAUCAGGCUACAGGCAAUAUGUGGACUGCACCAUCUUAAUUUAUUGAACAGUGAACUACACAAAAAGCAGAGCUCUUUUCUACAUACAGCAGAGCUCUUAUCCAAACAUCAAGAGGCUUCUAAUAUGAAAGGACUGCUUAACAAAAUAAGGGACUCAGGUGGCAAAUUUAGCAAUCUGUGAAAACCUGGUUUUUUAUUUGAUUUAAUAUUUGUAUUCCACUUUUCCAACAACAAAUGUUGAGCUCAAAGUGGCUCACAUUAAUCACAAUAACAUUUUUUAAAACUCCAAACAUUGCAUUCAUUAUAAUAUCAAACACAAUAGCAUAUAAAUAAAGCAAGCAACAGCAACAAAUUAAUCAAAACAAUACAAUUCAGUUAGCAAGUCAUAGUAGCUCAUUGUUGCCAUGGUGCUUCACAGUCAUAUGGAACCUUACUCCAGAACAACCACCAACAGGACACAGCAAAUCCACUUGUUAUCAAACGCAUUGUUUUGCAAUACUGCAGUGGAUGGAAGCGUAAGUGACUAUGUGAACUAUAGACACUUGCACGGAACUAUAUAUUGAGAAAACCAUGUGGGGCGGGGGGCAAGGUUGUUGAGUGGUGGUCAGCUUCAGAUGUGCUUGGAGGAAAAGGAUUAUCUGGCCUCAUUUCAAUCUGGCUUUGGGCCCAAAAUCAGAACCGAAAGAGCCUUGAGGUACAGGCUGAUGACCUUUAGGACCUUUACCAGAGAAGAGGCAUCAGAGGACUGCUACUCAACUCCUUAGCAGUUGACUGUAGUAUACUGCAGGGUUUCAUCUUGUCCUGCAUGCUUUUUAACAUCAGUAUUAUGGCACUGGGGAAUAAGGUCACCAGUAGUGAUUGGGAGCUGAGUGCCACCAGUAUGUAGAUUGUUACCUGCAGGGAACUUCUAGUUACCAGUGGUGGCCAGGUAAUUGUGAUAAAGUUGGGAUUGUGUUCCUUGGAGACAGACUGUUAAAAGACUUGUUUUUGACAACGAACAGCUGCAGAAACUGGUUUGAUAACUUGCUGGCUUUCCAUCAGCCCACAUCAAAACAAAAGAUUGCUUACGCCUAAAGUCAACAAUAUGGCUAACAUUUUAGUGCUGCAAAGGACCAUGUGAUGGAAUUGUACAUUGAUGAAAUGGAUGUAAAUUGCUCUUUCACAGGUUCUAUGGAAAGAAUUCUUCUUAUGUCCACGGUGGCUUGGAUUCGAAUGGAAAACCAGCUGAUGCAGUCCACGGGCAGUCUGUAAGCAUUUGCAAAAUUGUUUUAUGAUUGACUGAGGCACAGUCAAGAUACAGUGUAAAGUCUGAGGAAAAAUACUUAAAAUUAGAAAGUAGAAUUUGAGGAGGUGGGAAACUUGCAUCAGAUUUCUGUGCCAGCUAUCUGAAUUCUUAGUCCUUAGGUAUUCAGUGAAUGGACUUCGAUUGAAGUAGAUAUUUGCUAGAUUUCUAUAGGUCAUGUAUUUUCAGGUAAGGUGUCAAAAGUCUUUAAGAACGGAUGCUGGAAUGUAUAUGUUGGUUAGCUUAAUAUGUGCCCCAGGAAAACUGGUGGAAAGUUUUGUUGCAGAUAGGAUAAUCAAGCAUAUAGAAGUACAAACCUUGCUGAAGUGGGAGACACCAUGUGUUCUGCAACAGCAAGUCCUGUCUCAUGAACCUAUUAGAGUUCUCAGAGUGUCAACUUAUAGAGGUGAUCCAGUUGUUAUUGUGUACUUUGACUUUCAAAAAGCUUUGGACAGGGUACCUUACCAAAGACUCAUGAGUAAGCUUAGCAGUCAUAGAAUGGGAGGUCAUUGUAGAUAGUUCGAUGAAGAUGUCGACCCAGUGUGCAGUGGCUGUGAAAAAGGCAAAUUCCAUUCUAGGUAUAAUCAGAAAAGGAAUUGAAAGUAAAACUGCCAGUAGCAUAAUGCCAUUAUACAAAUCUAUGGUGCAACCACAUUUGGAAUACUGUGUCGCCUCACCUCAAAAAGAAUAUUGUAGGGUUGGAAAAGAUUCAGACGAGGGCAACCAAAAUUAUCAAGGGGAUGGAGCAACUUCCCUGUGAAGAAAGGUUGAAGCUUUUGGGACUUCUUAGUUUAGAGAAAAUGCGAGUAAGGAGUGAUGCGGCAUGGAGAAAGUGGAUAGAGAAAAGUUUUUUCUUCUUCAUAAUACUAGAACUUGAGGACAUUUAAUGAAGCUGAAUGUUGAAAGAGUCAGGGCAGAUAAAAGAAAGUACUGCUUCAAGCAGUCCAUAGUUAAACUAUGGGACUAGCUCCUACAGAAGCUGAUGAUAGCCACCUACUUGGAUGGCUUUAAAAGAGGGUUAGACAUAAAAAAGAGGUCUGUCAAUGGCUUUUAGCCAUGAUGGCUAUGCUCCGCUUCCCACAGGCAGUAUGCUUUAGAAUAGUGGUUGCUGGAAGCCACAGACCGGGAGAAUGUUUUUGUGCUCGGGUCCAGGUUUUUUCCUGGUUGGCCACUGUGAGAACAGGAUGCUAGUGUACACGGGCCAUUGGCCUGAUCUAGCAGGCUCUUCUUAUGUUCUUAAUAAUUACCGUAUUUUUCACCCCAUAGGACGCACCGGCCCAUAGGACGCACCUAGUUUUUUUGUGGGGGAAAUAAAGAAAAAAAUUUUUAUUUCCCCCCCAGGCGCUUGUGGGGCCGGCAGCGGGGAGAAGCGCUCUUCUCCUCGCCACCAGCCUUCAGACCAGGUCGGGGGACAGCAGCGGGGAGAAGCACGCGUCUCCCCGCCGUCAGCCUCCAAACCACAUCGGGAGACAGCGGGAUGGCGGCGUUCCGCCUCCCCGCUGUCCCCUGAGCUUGUGGGGCUGGCGCUGGGGCUCUCCAGGCUUCAGCGAAAGCCUGCAUUCGCCCCAUAGGAUGCACACACAUUUCCCCUUCAUUUUUGGAGGGGAAAAAGUGCGUCCUAUAGGGUGAAAAAUACGGUAAGUCCCUUUUUAAAUGAAGAAAGCUUUCAUAAAAUAGAAGACUAUUUGUUGUAAGAAAGGGAAGACUUCAGUUAAGUCAGACUGCAGGUAGUCUGGGCUUGUUAAGGUUUCAGGUUUUUGUUUUUUUAAAAGUCUUUGCUUUACAGUACUAAACUCAUAACACUUCUAGUUCAUCUCUGCUUGAAUCCUUAAAGUAGCUCAUACAUAUUUCAAUAUGAUUUCUGUAGGAUAUCCACAAGAAGGUCUUGUCACUGAAUUUUAAGGAUUGCCGCACGAAGAUCCACCACGUGGACGCUCAUGCCACUCUGAAUGAUGGUGUUGUUGUACAGGUCAUGGGUGAGCUCUCCAAUAACACACAGCCAAUGCGGAGAUUCAUGCAGACUUUUGUCCUUGCUCCUGAGGUAUGUAGCCUGUGGGAAUCUUAGUCUGUGAACCAGUAUGCCCAACAUCAGUGUGUGACUUUAUAUCAGUGCAGUGGGAUUGGGGAUGCCAGGAAGGUUCAGUUGGCUCCCCUCUGUCAUUGGCUGUAGAACUUCUUUACUUUAGAGUCAUUAACAACUGUGAUGCACUUGUGUUUGGAUAUGUGGCUCUGCCAGAAUAAGCCUAGCAUUUGUGCAUGCGUUAAGUCCUUUUUCUGUUCUUGUUGCAUACCAUAGACAAAGGGAUAAUUAUCAGCAUUCAUAACUGAGAAGCACUAUUUGUCAUAAGGCCUGGUUCCAGUAAUUUAUAAAUAAGAAAUUUCUAAAUGUCUGGGUGUGACGGCUCCUUAAAUUUAUGCUGGCCUUGGUAGACUCAUUGUCUUAAUCCUGACGUCUCACUGUUUAGUUGGCUGUGUUAGUUACUAAAAAUCUCUGCUUCCAUGAUAAUCCUUUAUCAUGAUGCAUAUAAAUUUAGUAAAUCAUAAUAAAUAAAUUAUGCAUUAAAAGCUAUUAUGUUUUUGUUUUUAAAAACUGUUUUUUAGCAUUCUUCUAAUCAUUGAUACUUUGAAUGAAUGCUUUUUAGUUGAGUAGAGCGUACUUCUGAGAUGGUUCAGGAAGUAAUGUUUAUGUAACAAUUGAAGUGUCCCUCUAUAUUUGUAGCAUAGUGCAAGUAGGUAAAGCAGGGUUAGAUUGUUUCAAACAUAAGCAAAGUGGGUUUGUGCUGCCAGAUUAAACAUGAACACUGGUACUGAAUGCAGUAGACUAAACUUCCUUUUCUCCUUGUGCUGUCUUCAGGGUUCUGUUGCGAACAAGUUUUAUGUCCAUAAUGACAUAUUCCGUUACCAGGAUGAAGUUUUUGGUGAUUUAGAUGCUGAACCUCCAGAGGGUAAGUACCAAGACUGUCAGUGUGCUUUCCUCCUAAAUUAGUUCUCUGUGAUGAAAAAAUGAUAACACGAUUUGCCCAGUCAAAUUCAAGUUGCUUACAAAUAAUAAACUUAGUAUUAUUAAUAUAUUUAUAUCCCACCUUUUCCCCAGACUGGGAGCCAACAUCAGAACACGCUAAAACCUUAAUAGCAGCAGUGCUAAAAAUUGAGCCAGCCAAAUUUUAUUUACAUCUAUAUAAGAGUUUUUAAAGUUACCAAAUGUAGGAAUUUGAUCUUGGUCAAUAACUGAUGAAGACCAGUCUUGAGAAGUUUCACUGCCAUUUUUAUGUAAUUUUAAUCCCAUCCGUAAAUUGUCACUCGCCUUAUCUAAGAUGGCUUCUGGUGUGAGCUGUUAAGUUGUAUGGUAAAACAGAAGAAAAAAUAGUGAACACGUCACUGGAGGUAUGGCCUUCGCUGGUCAUGGUUUAGGUUUACUACUGGGAUUCACUACUCUCUUCAGCAUUUCAGUCUCCUGUAAUUGCCAUGCCAAGACAUAGAAGCAGACUUGCUGGUUAAGGGGCUAAAACCAGUUCUUAACUUUAGCAGCUGUCAUUCAUACCUUUUGUAACCCUGUGCUUUGUACUUGCUUGAAGUUUAGAAGCUUCAGUCAGAACCGUGCCUCUGAAAUAUGUGUUGAGCAUUGAUCAGCUGUUUGUGCAAUGAUGUGAACAACUAGAUUAUUAGCAUUCUACUGUUGGUUAUGUAUAUAUUUGGUUGCAUACUCUGUUUUAUAAUGUACCUGGCCUGGUAUUAGCAUUGUUGGAGGGGGGCAGGCUAUAAAUCUUAAAUAUUUAAUUAAAAUAAUGUCAAGGUAAGGGGAUAUUUCAGCAAACUAAAAUCAAAAUUCCCCAUACCUAAUAUGUAAAACAUUGAGUAUAUUUGCAAGUGGCUGACCAGGAAUGCAGAGUUUGUCCCUCCUAUACUCCUUGCUAGCGAGCAGGAGCAACAAAUCAAAAUUCUUGGCCUAGUGUUAAUGUCCAGAUUGGGGGCUGAGGUUUGUUUCAAUCCAAACCCAAUCUGAAGCCAAGGUUUGUUCUUGGCUUACCAGUCAUAAUUUAUUUGAUUGAAACAAGCAACAGUCUCCAGUUUUGGCAAAACAUGAAGGUAAGCAUUGUGGUGUGCUAGUGAUGUCCUGUUUGCUAGUGGAGAGGAGCGAGAUGGAAGCAGUCUGCAUGUUCAUGGUCAACCAUUAGCACGGCUUACUAUAACAUGAGAAUGCAGCCACUGUGUGUACAUUCUGACUGCAAUGUGGAAAUUUGUCGUGUACUUGAUCGGUGUAAAAUCUAUUUUCCCCCCCUCACCAGAAUCUGAGGAGGAAGCAGAGGAACCUGAGGAUAGGCAACAGACUCCUGAGGCAGUUGCUGAUGAUUCAGCAGCCUACUAUGAGCAGUCUGUCAGGUAACUCAGACACGGUUGCAAUCAUAACUAUGCUACUGCUUCUAACCAGUUUGCCUAUAACUGCUGGCUGAAAUGUAGGAAGGAGACCAGUAUUCUGUAGAGUACUAUUUUUUCAGACUAAAAACCUAAUCUCAUUUCUGUUUUAAUAAUGGUCUCCUGCAGAAUCAGUGCUGACUUUACUGCCAAAAAUUUUUUUUAGGGCCUGAUCUCAAAACUGUUGUUCUAACAAGUGUCCAUCAAUAUACACAACAAUGCUGCAGUCUUUUUGCAUAACUAAAAGUCCACCAACCCUUUCUUAAAAUUUACUGAGGUGGGAGCAUUGAAGUUCAGAUUUCUAGGGGAGUGUGUGUGUGUGAGAGAGAGGACAUGAACGAGUAUAAUCCAUACUGAUUAAAAAGGGAACAUUGCUGACUUAACAAAGCAUUGUUGUAUGAGGGUUCAGAUUGGAUGGAUGUUUGUUUGUAACCCUGGUACUGAAAUAGCACAAUAUUGGGAUUCCAUUUAUGGUCCUGGUGCUUGAGCUCUGCAAAUGCAUUGUUACCAUAAUGAAAAUAUUUUUCCACCAACAGCAAUGACUUGGAGGAACAUUUGGAGGAACCAGUUGCAGAGCCGGAACAAGAAGUUGAACCUGAACCUGAACAGGAGCCUGAACCAGAGGCUCAGGAAGAAAAAACUGAGCCAGCGCUGGAGGAAGCAGCACCCGAAGAGACUGUAGAGAAGAGUCCUUCUCCAGUCCCUGUGGACCCUGCUCCCGUAGUGCAAGAGGACUCAAGGGUAACAUGCAUGAUUUUAAUGAUGAUAUCCCCUUUCACAUUUACUUGUGUGUAUUUUUAAGUUUGAAGUGAGAAAGAUUACAAGAGCUGUCAAGACAUUCAAGAUAAUUCCUGUGUACUCACAUUUAGUUGAAGAAAAGGCAGUUGUCUCUUAGCAGAAAGUCAGUGGCAGGUAUCUUGAUAACAAGUACAGUUCAGACUGUACUGUAAGUUGCCAAGUUGUAGAGCUUCAGUCUUUACAGCAUUCCCUAUAUCACAUUGUAGCAUAAGAAUUGUAUAAGUCCAAAAAACCUCUAUUUUUGUUCCCCAUAACUGCUCUAAGUAGUAUCUGGAAAAAUACUCUUAGUCUAUUGGGUUUCUUGCUGGCAAAAAGAGCCUGACAGUAGCAGCCAUUCAUAAAUUGUGUAGGUUUAGCCAUUUGUAGACCUUUAGGACAGUUUGUAAGACACACCUUAACUUUGCAUUCCAGAUAUUGAAAGGAACUUUAAUUUCCAAGGAUUAAAUACUAUUUAUAUAAAGGCUCUUUAUAAAUAGCCUUUCUGCUUUCUUGAUUUUUUUUUGUACAUUUCUAAUAUAUUUUUGUGUGAGUUCAGUUUAUAAAUAUUUUAAAGACAUAAAAAUGAAUGGGCAGUCUUUUUUUCUUCUAGUAGCCACAGGCCGUGGGCUUUGCGGGGCUCUUUGUGCUCCAGCUACCCAUGGAUAUGGAGUUUUCCUUAGCAUGCCAAACAGCAUGGUUGGGGGAGUGCAGUUUCCAAGGAUAGAAACACAUCACGGAUAACCCUCACGGACCUAAUCACGCUCCCCCAGGCCACCAAACACCCGUUCGGGCUUAGAAAAGUGCAGUUUCCUAAGGUAGAAAGGCAUGCAGGGAGAGCCAUCCUGUGAAAGCAGUGCUCCCCUCAGCUUGCCAUGCAAGUGAGGGGCACAAGUUGGUGGCAUGAAUUUGAUUGGGGGGGGGGUGUAGUUUCAGCAGUCACAGCAAAAUCUACCGAAAGCCUCUAAGUAACGUGAAGUCUGCCCACAUGCUGUCUCUGACAAAAACAUUUGUGGCUGUAGAAUUAUUUGAAGAAAGAUGUCAAAAUUUGUACAUGUGCAAGAAACUUUGUAAUUUUGAAGAGCAAAGAUACCUGAUGUUACUCAGAAAUAAUGAAAUCUUGUUUUUUCCUGUUAGACAUCUUCAUGGGCAUCUGUAACCAGUAAGAAUCUCCCACCUAGUGGAGCUGUUCCAGUUUCAGGCAUACCACCUCACGUUGUCAAAUUACCUACAUCACAGGUAAAAAUAUACCAGCCAACUAAUGAACUUGAACCAGGAUCAACAACUGUCAGGUUAAUUGCAAAUUUGAUAGUAUUUCAAGUAGUAGGGCGUUAUUUUUACUUUAUAGGACAUGAUCAUUUUUUGUUCAUGAUGCAGUCAUCUCUUUCUCUGCAAAAUCAUCCUUUUCAGGGGAAAUGUUCUUGAAAUUCAUUGCUUGGCAUGCGAUUUCAAGUGAAAGGGCCGAUAAAUCUUCCUCUAUUCUGGCAUCUGAACUUGUGUUUUUCCCUUUCCUUGUGGUUCCCAGGUUUAGAAUGGUUAGGGUAUGAGGAUGCUGACAUAAAGCUUUGCUUGACUUAGAUCAGGGGUCAGCAAACUUUUUCAGCAGUGGGGCCGGUCCACUGUCCCUCAGACCUUGUGGGGGGCUGGACUGUAUUUUGAAAAAUAAAUAAAUAAAUGAAUUCCUAUGCCCCACAAAUAACCCAGAGAUGCAUUUUAAAUAAAAGGACACAUUCUACUUAUAUAAAAACACGCUGAUUCCUGGACCGUCUGUGGGUCGGAUUUAGAAGGCAAUUGGGCUGAAUCUGGCCCCCGGGCCUUAGUUUGCCUACCCAUGACUUAGAUGCAUUACAUUUGUGCUGGUCCAUUUUUGCAGCCCCGUCCUGAAUCAAAGCCUGAAUCCCAGACUCCGCCGCAGAGACCUCAGCGAGACCAGAGGGUGAGAGAACAACGGACAAAUAUCCCACCACAAAGAGGCCCUAGACCAAGUAAGAAAUCUGGUGUACUUGGUAAUAACAAUAUAGCUACUAAAGCAGCGCUCACUGUUGGAACAGAUAAAGUCAACUCUUGUGAUACUCAAAGAUGCUAAACUAUAUACAAUAAGAGUGUGUCGUAAGAGUUGGAAAGAAUUUGGGAAUAAUUUAAACCAGAUGCUUUCAAAAGUCUGAAGUGCCACAACUUAAUCUUAAGUGGACACUUCAGUCUGCUUACAUGCUUUGGAAUGGAAGCACCAAGUCACUCAUUUCUUGUGUUUUAUUUGAAGCUUUAUUGUCUAUUGACUUCUGUCAUUAUUCCAGUAGGCAAAGCUUAUGAUGGUGUUUAUAGAAAGCAAAAGAUGAUGAAUGAUUUAUGUCUAUCUUUUUUAAUUUAAGUGCGGGAAGGAGAGCCAGGUGACAUGGAAACUAGGCGUAUUGUGAGGUACCCAGACAGUCACCAGCUGUUUGUUGGGAAUCUCCCUCAUGAUGUGGAUAAGGCAGAACUAAAGGAUUUCUUCCAACGUAAGUCUUGAAUAUUGCUUGCCUAGUGGUGGGGCUUCAGGGUUGUGUCUAAAAGUACAUGCCUAUUUCUACAGAACAGUCUAAUGUGUGAUCAAAGAAAUUGGAAAUUCUUUUGCAGGUUAUGGGAAUGUUGUGGAACUCCGUAUCAACAGUGGAGGAAAGCUCCCUAAUUUUGGAUUUGUGGUGUUUGACGAUCCAGAGCCCGUUCAGAAGAUCCUUGCCAAUAGGGUACAUUAAAUGAUAUUUAAAGUGAUAAAGGUUAUACUGAAGUGUACUAAAAACUGAUGUUUUGAAAUAAAGCAAACACAAAAAACCAAGAGAAGCCAAUUAGAAUGGCUUCUUCGUUUAACUUCGGGGUGGCAGCUGAAGUGGGAAUAGAUAGACAAAGCUGUUGGUGCUCUUGGCUAGAUUACAAUAUUAAUUUGCAGUUACAGUUAAAAAUAAUGGCCUACACAACAGUUCUAAACUAUCCUUGCCAAAUAUGGGUGGGGUGGAUGAAGAAUUCACAACUUGAGUAAACAAAGACUCUUCAUUUUGGGAGAUCAGGAUCUUAUUUUUCUGCAAUGUCUGUUCCAUGCAAUAAUUCACUUCCAUGUAUUAUUGUACGUAUUUAGUACUUUCUUACCUGUUUGUUGAUUCCACUUUACCACUUUUUCUCUUCCAGCCGAUCAUGUUCAGAGGAGAAGUGCGUUUAAAUGUGGAAGAGAAAAAAACGCGAGCAGCCAGGGAGGGUGAUCGCCGAGACAACAGACCCCGUGGGCCUGGUGGCCCCCGUGGGGGGCUGGGAGGUGGGAUCCGAGGGCCUCCACGUGGAGGAAUGUCUCAGAAACCAGGAUUUGGCACUGGAAGGGGCAUCGGGCAACGCCAGUGA